AUGUCGCGCUACUCCGGAAAGAUAGUUUUCUACGAGGGCAAAUGCUUCACUGGCCGUAAGCUGGAGCUGUGCAGCGACUGUGAGAACUUCCAGGACCGCGGAUUCUUGAACAGAGUGAAUUCGAUCCGUGUGGAGAGCGGCGCCUUCGUCUGCUUCGACCACCCGGACUACAGGGGGCAGCAGUACAUCCUGGAGCACGGAGAGUACCCCGAAUACCAGCGAUGGAACGCCCUCAACGAUCACAUGGGCUCCUGCCGGCCAAUCAGAAUGCACGGGGAGAAUUAUCGUCUGGAGCUUUUCGAGGGGGAGAACUUCAGCGGCGAGCGAGUGGAGCUGUGUGAGGACUGCCCCUUUCUGAAAGGACGAGGCCUCACCAAGAACUGCAUCAACUCCAUUAAAGUCUACGGCGACGGAGCUUGGGUUUUGUACGAAGAUCCCAACUAUCGGGGCCGCAUGUACAUCGUGGAGAGAGGAAACUUCAGCUCCCCGAAGGACUGGCAGGGAGAGACGCCCAACAUCCAGUCUGUGAGACGGGUGGCCAACUAUUUCUAA